AUGAUCGGAUUUGAAAUGAGGGAGGCCAUUUCGGCCGAGCCUACGAUGAAGUCUGGAGAGAGUAGUAUCUACAUCGACCGUGAUGCGGAACGGUCGUAUGUGCGAAAGGUGGACUUUUUCGUCCUGCCACUCCUCUGUUUGAGUAACCUGGCAAACGCCAAAACUGAUGGUCUAGACGAGGAUAUUCACCUGGUCGGGAAUGACUAUUCGUUGAUGGUGCUGUUAUUCUACAUCCCCUUCGGGUUGUGCGACUUGCCAUGGAAUCUGCUUCUCAAGCGGUACUCCGGACGCUAUGUGCUGUCUUUUAUGACUGUGGUCUGGGGAAUCCUCGCUCUCUGCCAAUGUGCCGUCAAGGACUUUGGUGGGAUGAUCGCCGUGCGGAUGAUCCUAGGAGUGUUCGAGGCAGGCUUCUUUGCCGGGGCGACAUUUUAUAUGACUCUCUUCUACACGCGAGGCGAGAUGGGCUUCCGGCUGGCCAUCAUGCAGUCCUUUGCGGUGCUCGCAUCCGCCUUCAGCGGACUCAUCUCCUUCGGCGUGUUUCAGAUCCACGAUCCAGCUGUGAAAGGCUGGCAAUGGCUGUUCAUCAUUGAAGGUUCAAUGACCUUCCUCAUGGGAAUCAUCUCGUUUUUCUGGUUGCCCGGGAAUCCACGCACUGCAUGGUUUCUCAACGAGCGUGAACGGGCUGCGGCAACGGCACGGUUACUGCGCGACACAUCAGCCGAGGUGGACACCAAACUGGAUUUGAAGGUUGCAUUCGAGACAUGGAAGGACUGGAAGUUCCCCAUCUGGUGCAUCAUUACAUUCACUUAUCCGGUGGCAUAUGCGACCGCGAUGAACUUUUUCCCGUUGAUUGUCGAACGACUGGGAUUUUCCACAGUCAAAACAAACCUCUGGACGGUCGCUCCAAACCUGGUAGGCGCGGUGGUACUUCUCUGGUCAUAUAUCCCAUCGUGUCUCGUGCAUGCGUGGCAUAACAACAAUAAUAUGCAUGAGAACUCGCGUGCUGCCAACACGGGUUUCUUUGUAGGGUUGGGCAAUUUGGCGGGGAUCUUAAGUGCCGCGACGUUCCGCACGCAAUACGCUCCGAAGUAUAUUCCCACGUUGGUUGCUACCUGCUGCUGCAACGGGGUGUGUAUUGUGGUGGUGAUCGCACUGGGGCUGUGGAUGCGACGGGAGAAUGGGCGACGCGAUCGCCAACAAGGCCGAAGAGUGCGUCCGGGAGAAGUGGAUACACAAGGUCAUUCGUCGAUAUGCAUCUUCAGUCCGCAUUCCUGCUUCUCCUCUUUUCCCCUUCAGCUUAUCACCGGCUUCGGCCUACCCGAACCGCAGAUAAAUGAGUCCCACGUGUGCCACUGGCCCAACUGCGGCAAGACCUUUACUCGCGCAGAGCAUCUGCGUCGCCAUGCCCUCAAUCAUGACCAGCCCAGACAAGAUCGCCAUCUGAUGCGCCAUGCUAAACGUGACGAGGAAGCUGGAGGCCCUGGCCAAGGAGUGCUGGAGACGAGAAAACGCACUCGCCGUGCGGGAGAUGGCACCAUCAUUACUCGCCCUCCGAAGCGUCAGUCGCGUGCUCGUGCCAGUCACAGCUUGCCUCCAUCGUCGUCGGCCUCGUCCUCGUCCAUUUCCGUCACCAGCGCCCAAGACUAUGGUGCCCCUGUGUCGCCCCCGACGUCGGCGAGCGACCCAUCGUCCAUGUCGUUGGACGAGCCCGAUCCGCUCCUGGCUCCGAUGAUGCCCAGCGGGCCAUUCGAGCCCUAUGUUGAGCCCAUCCCGGGGCAGUUUGAUGCGGCAGAUGGCUCCUGGAGUCUCGGACUGGACGGAAUGGGCGACUUCUUCAGCCUUGACACUGCCACCGACUUCAACAUGCCCUUUGCGGCCACCCACAACUACAACUGGCUGUUCGACGUCGCCUCACUGGACGACGCCUUCCCUCCCUUCGGCCUCCCACUGGGUCCAGACAUGGUCACCUUCGCCGAGGAUGCCCCUCCUAUCGAUGAUCCGAAAUCAUAUCUCGAACGCGACGGUUCCUCCGUCCUCCUCCAAGCAGCCUCCUUCGUCGAACGCAGCGACCCGCUCGUCUUCUCCGCGCCCAUCCUCGACCCCCAACCAGACACCAUCAACCUCGACUGGAUGGACGCACCCUCUCUCCUUCAAACCACCCCCCAGCCCCAUCUCCCCAUCCUCACCGAAGAAGCCCGUCAAGGCAUCCUCAACCUCAUCGCCCAAGCACCACCCCUGACCAUCGACGGCCAACCCACCCCACUCGACUCCCCUCUCCUCUCCCUCCCCUCCCUCCAAUCCUACAGCGACCUCUUCUUCACGCGCUUCAACACAACCUAUCCCCUCCUGCACCAACCCACCUUCUCCCCAUCCACCACCACCCCAGUCCUCCUCGCCGCCAUCCUCUCCAUGGGCGCCACCUACAGCAGCCGCGAAGCGCACCAACUCGCCGUAGGCAUCCACGACUCCCUCCGCAACCAACUCUUCUGCCACGCCGACUUCUCACCGCAGCCCGACCUCUGGGUCCUACAAGCCAUGCUCCUAAUCGACUGCUUCGGGAAGAUGCGCGCGGGGCCGAAACAGCGCGAACGCGCCCAGCUCUUCCACUGCGUCUUGAUCAAACUCAUCCGACGAAGCGACUGCUGCGCCAUUCGCCACACACCCAACCCCAGCACUGCCACCACAGAUACGGAUAUCGACACCCUCUGGCGUACCGCCAUGCACGACGAGCAGAAAAAGCGCGUUGCCCUGCACUGCUUCAUGUGGGAUACACAGCACGCAGUCCUCUUCUCCCAGUCCCUGUGCAUGUCCGCGUUCGAAAUUAGAUCCGCUCUGCCCUGUUCCCAGAGUUCAUGGGAAGCGUGCACGGCGAGUGACUGGGCGCAUCAUGCAUCUAUGGAACCACCACCAAGAAUGUUCCUCUCCGUGCUAAAGGGAUACAUUACCCCCUCUGCGAUGGCCCGGCCACGCGAUCUGAAUACCCUGGCACGGAUCGUCGUCCUACACGGACUCAUGUCCGUCUCAGCAGACUUGAAAAGACGGGACCAGACGACGUUACGUGCUGAGACGCCCGAAAGAGUGGGUGCUUGGACGCGACGCAUGGGGAGAUCGUAUGAUCUAUGGAAAGUAGAUUUCGAUGCUGAUUGCCUGGCAAUGAAGUUGAACUUCGGACAGCAUCCCGGGGAGGACAUGGGUGGGUCGAGACGAGGUGGAGCCGGAGGGGUGUUCACGGGGCUGAAGAUGGCGGCUUGUGCGCUGUAUCGCGCAGCGUGGUUGGCGCUGCAGGUAGAGAUACUCGACUUGCAGGUUGCUGCUGGGGCCGGGAGGAUCCUGGGGAGGACAGUGACGGAGGGGGAUCGGGAGAGGUCGCGACGGGGGUUGAGGAAGUGGUUACUUGGUGGUGGGGAGGGAGCGUUAGGUGCUGCGAGACAGGCAGCGAAGUUGUUGGAGGAAGCGGUGUUGAGCUUGCAUGACUGGGAGCAGACGGAUGCAUUUCAUUUCCCGUGGUGUUUGUAUUUGGCGACGCUGACCUGUUGGGCGUUUCACGGUGGGGUGAAUGGAGAUGGUGACGGUGGUGGUAGUGGUAGUGGGGAGAGGGUUACGACGGAUCUGGCGAGUUUGAUUGUGGCCAUGACGACGUGUGGCAGCUUGGGAGAUAUGGCAGCACUCGGGGGGAAGUAUGAUACGAGGGGAUUGGUGAGGACGAUGGCGCAGCAGUUGGCGACGGUGAGGUGGGCGGUGGUGCAUGAUGCGAUGAAGGUGUUGGUGAAUUUGGCGAAUUGAUUGUGGUUCUCUACUCUAUAUGCGAUAUCGGGUAUGUAUGUAUGUAGGU